CUAGGGCUCCUUCCUCCGCCUCGCCCGACCCGACCGGGCUCCAGAGGAGGAGCGCGGGGCGAGCGGGCAGGCCGGGCGGGCCUGAGGAGACUUUGGUUUUUUCCCCCCCACUCAGGCAGGCGGGCCGGCCGGCCGGCCAUGGCUAGCGGGGCGCCGGGCCCGUCGUCGUCGUCGUCUGAGGCGGACGAGGAGCGUCGGGCGGCGGCGCUGCAGAAGCUGGUGGUCCGGCUGCGGAACUUGCAGGAGGGGAAGCAGCUGGAGAGCCUCUUGCAGACGCUGCAGGACCUGCUGGCCUUGGCCGGCCUGCCCAGCGGUGCCCGGCUCUUCCGCGACGGGAGCGUCUACGUGCCUCUGCUGCUGGUGCUGGUGUCCUACCUGAGGGUGGGGAGAGUGCAACAGGUGGGCUGGACACUUCUUUGCAAACUGAUUAAAAUAUGCCCAGAAGCUCUGCAUCAUUUAACAGCUCCACAAGGCAUCGGAAAGGACUGGGAAGUUCUUGGUGUCCAUCAGCAAAUUCUCAAGAUGCUUAAAACCCACAGUGCUGAUGUGCAUCUUUCAAAGGUUGGCUUGAAAGCAUUAAAUCUACUUCUUUCUUCAGAUGAAAUCACACUUCUUCUCUUAGAGGAAGGGACUGAUAUAUUUCUAUUGAUAUUUGAUGCCAUGGAUACUUUUCCUGAUCAUGAAAAGAUCCAGAGAUAUGGAUGCAAAGCUUUGCACAUGCUUUUAGAAAAAGUUCCCGAGGAGCAGCUGAUUGAAUUUGUCGAGGAGAACGAUCACUUGAUCAUCCUCAAAGUCCUUAAAAAAUUCCCCGAGAAGGAAAAUGUCAUUGGCUUUGCCCUUCGGUCGUUGUACAUCUUGGCUGGACCAGUUAGUAAUGCGGAAGUUCUCAUGUCUGGAAGUGUGCGGUGUUACAAUAUCAUAGUGGAGAUUAUGAAAGCAUUCCCUGCAUGUGAGCCAAUUCAGGAAGUCAGCUGCUGCCUGCUACACAAACUUACUCUGGAAAACUUUUUCAAUAUCCUCGUGUUGAAUUCUGUGCACAAAGUGAUCGUGACGGCGGUGGAAACGUACCCUGAAAAUGAGAAACUACAAGCAGCAGGCCUCAGCUGCUUGGCUCUCCUCACGGAAACCAUCUUUUUAAACAGAGAUUUGGAAGAAAAAAAGGAAGAGGAGGGGGAGAAAGAGGAGGAGGAAGAAGAAAAAUUAUAUUGGCUGGAGGCCUGCUAUAAAGCAUUAAAAUAUCACAGAAGAAAUAGAGACAUACAGGAAGCUGCUUGCUGGGCUUUGAACAAUCUCCUUAUGUAUCAGCCUACUCUUAAUGAGAAGAUUGGAGACGAAGAUAAAAAAUACCCAGCCCACAGAGAGAUGAUGCUCGCCAUGUUGAUGUAUUAUUCUUCCUCCAAAGAAGUAUUCCAGGCUGCGGCCAAUGCCUUAGCUACUCUGGCAAAGCAAAAUGCACAUUCUCGAGAAAUUCUCUUGGCCAAAGGGAUACACAUGAACGUGCUGGAGAUCAUGAGAAAACAUUCAGAUUCCCCUGAAAUUGCAGAAAGUGCUUGCCGAUUGCUGAACUGUGCUUUCGAAGGAAGUUUCUUACAGUUGGAUAUCAUGAUCGCUGCUGCAUCUGGAUGUAUGAAAACUAUGAAGAAACACAAAAACUUGCCAUCGGUACAGUUGGAAGCACUUAAAGUAAUUUUAUGUUGCAUGGUUCCAGAAGGGCUAAAAAAUCAGCACCAUGUUGGUUCAGAAGACACUAACCAGAAAACCAUGCUAACACUUAUGAAAAGUCAGUUUUUGUUAGAAGGAGGUCAUUCACUUGUCCUUGGUGCUCUGAACACGUUUAUUGGAAAUCCAGGCAUUCAGAAAUGUGGACUUCAAAUACUCUCCACUAUAACAGAACGUCCGACUUUAUUACAAAUGUUAUCCAAUCUAGGAAUGGCAGAUACUCUACUCCACACACUACAGAUGUAUCCAGAUGAUCAAGAAAUACAACGCUUAGGUUUAAACUUUCUGGGAUCCUUGGUAUCCAAAAAGAUCUUAUGUUCAGCUACUUUCUAUGCCUUGGUAUCUCCUUUGGUCUCGACGUUACGACGCUUUAAGGAUGUUGUCGAAAUUCAGAUUCAGGGAUUUCAAAUGAUUGUAACCAUACUCCAGUCAUCCCCUUGGUUUGCAAAGCUGCUCAUACAGGAAUCGUUCGAGAUCUGCCUCUUCUACCAGCUCUCCAUGUGUUUUAAUGAGCAAAGAGAUCAGCAGUUUCGAAGUCUUUGCUUUAAAUGCUUUGCCAAAAUAACUGAACACGACGACUUGAAAAACCUGUUGCUGGAGAAGGCCUGUGAGGAGUGCAACACCUUUAUGGCCGAGUGUUUGCUGCUCCUGGGCGCCGACGUCAAUACAAGCUCGAAGGAAAAGUCCUUAAUUUACGACGUAUGUGAGAAAGGAAGCAACCCCAAAGUGGUCGAACUCCUGCUCAACAGUGGUGCCCGGGAACAAGACGUUAGGAGCGCUUUAGCAGUCAGCAUGAAGAAAGGGGACAGCAAGAUCAUCAGUCUGCUCCUGAAGAAACUUUGCCUGGACAUGACCAACCGCAGCAUUUGCCUGGGAGGGUUCGGUAUCGGGCGAAUGGAACCUUCUUGGCUGAUCCCCUUGUUUCCAAGCAGACUUCCAUCCUCCCAGAAGCCAACCAGUUCAAGUUCUGCGUUGGCCGUAAUGGUCCUUCGAUACCAGAGGACGAGUAGUUAUGAAGAUCAGUCAAGAGGUGACGUCAAUAGCCAGAACGAUGAAAUGCAGAAUGAAUGGACGUUCUUACCUGACCCUUUAGUGGACAAUGUUUUCUCGUUGACUGAUGACAUAGACAGCGAAGGGAGUGAAAGCUCAUUUACGGUGAGGCAGAAAUCUUACUCUGUGGCAGCUGCAGACCUCCAGAAACCUCUUCAGAGUUCUACUCCUCCGCUACAAAGACAUUCCAAAUCUGUGGGGGCUGGAUCACCUUACGAACCAUUAAAGAACCAAAGAAGAAAAAAUGUGUUUUCUGAAAAACAGAACAAAGGCACAUCUGUAUUCCAACCCAACAUGAAGAGCUCGGACAGCUUCCCUUCCCUGGUCUCCGACCGAGAAUAUAUUAAAUCCCUCGACUUGUCCUCAAAUGAGCUGGAGAACAUAGACAACAUCAGCCAAAGUCUUGGCUUAAUUACUCAUUUCGAACACCUUGACAAAUUAGAACUGCAUCACAACCAGCUUUCGUGCGUGCCGAAGCAACUCUGUGAGACCAUGAAAUCUUUGACUUAUCUCGACCUGCACAGCAACCAUUUGAAGUCUUUCCCUCAAUAUCUCUUGGAAAUGCCUCAGAUCGUUCACCUCGACGUUUCACGGAAUGAAAUUGGACCUACCUUGUGCUUCAGUCCAACAAUCACCUGUCCAACUCUAAAAUUACUCAAUUUGUCCUACAACCAACUGUUGGGCAUUCCUAGAUAUCUUGGCAAUAUUCUGAUCAACCUGGAACAUUUCAUAUUGGAAGGGAACAGACUUUCAACAUUAAUUGCAAGAAGCAGUUUGAAAGAACUGAAAAAUUUAAACAUUAGCAAGAACGACAUUUCGUACCUGGAUACCGAAUUUCUGCAUGAUUGUUUGAAGUUGGAAAAACUCAAUGCAGCAGCAAAUAGAAUUUACACCAUAAAGAACUUGCCUUGUAGCAUAACUACAUUGAAGCUAUCUCAGAAUGCUUUUUACAACGUUCCAGAAGCAAUUCUUCUUCUACCACAUUUGCGAUCGGUGGAUUUAAGCAGCAAUAGAAUUGGGAUGCUACCAGGGCCUGCGUUUUGGAAAUCGUCCAAUUUAAGAGAAUUGCUAUUUAACCACAAUCAAAUAAGCAUUCUGGACCUGAAUGACAAAGCUUCUUCCUGGUCUCGGCUUGAAAAGCUACACCUGUCUAACAACAAGUUAAGAGAGAUCCCUCCUGAAAUUGGCUUUCUGAAAAACUUGACGUCUUUUGAUGUUAGUUACAAUCCAGCCAUCCGGUGUUUUCCAGAUGAAAUGGGAAAAUUGUUGAAUAUAUGGGAUCUUCCUUUAGAAGGACUGCAUCUUAAUUUAGAUUUUAAACACGUGGGAGACAAAGCAAGGGAUAUCAUCCGGUUCCUUCAACAGCGUUUAAAGAAAGCUGUCCCCUACCAUAGAAUGAAGCUCAUGGUAGUUGGAAACGCCAGCAGCGGUAAAACAACCUUGUUACAACAGCUCAUGAAAUGCAAGAGGCCAGAUUUGGGGCCUCAAAAGCCGACCAUCGGAAUUGAUGUGAAUGACUGGAAGAUCCCUCGAAAAGGCAAAAUCAAGAAAGAGACAGUUUUAAAUGUCUGGGAUUUUGCAGGACAAGAAGAAUUCUACAGUGCUCAUCCCCACUUUAUGACUCAACGAGCACUAUACCUCGCGGUGUAUGACCUGAGCAAAGGAGAAUCAGAGGUGGAUGCCAUGAAACCAUGGCUGUUUAACAUCAAGACCCGAGCGUCCUUCUCCCCUGUGAUUCUCAUUGGAACUCAUUUAGACGUCGCUAAUGAGAAGCAGCGUAGAGCUUGCAUCAGUAAAAUCACCCAGGAGCUGAUGAAUCAGAAGGGAUUUCCUAAAAUCCACGACUAUCACUUUGUGAAUGCCACAGAAGAGUCUGAGUCCAUGACUAAACUUCGACAAAUCAUCAUCAAAGAAUGUCUGGAUUUCAAAAUCAGAGACCAGCCUGUGAUUGGCCAGUUAAUUCCAGACAGCUACUUAGAACUUGAGAAGAGCAUUCUUGAAAUACGCAAAACAUUGCCGGCUGAAUUCCCCGUGAUUGGCCAGGAUCAGCUUUAUGAAUUGGUGCAAGAAAAGCAGCUGCAAUUGGAUGAAAACGAACUUUCUCAUGCAGUGCAUUUUCUGAACGAAUCGGGUGUCCUGCUGCACUUCCAAGAUCCAGCCCUUCAGCUCAGAAAUCUCUAUUUUGUCGAUCCCAAAUGGCUGUGUAAAAUCAUAGCCCAGAUCUUGACGGUGAAGGUGGAUGGCUUUACCAAAUACCCCAAAGGGAUCAUAAAGCGUUCUGAUGUUGAAAAAUCCCUGCUAAAGAACAUUAAAUUCCCUGAGAUUUGCAAGUGCCAAUACUUCAAGCUUCUAGAGAAAUUCCAAAUUGCUUUGCCGUUAGGGGAAGAUCAACUGCUUAUUCCAAGCAGCUUGUCGGAUCAACGGCCUGUGAUAGAAUUGCCUCACUGUGAAAACUCUGAGCUUAUUAUAAGAUUGUAUGAGAUGCCAUAUUUUCCAAUGGGAUUUUGGUCCAGGCUAAUUAAUCGACUGCUUGAAGUGUCUUCAUACAUGCUUUCUGGAAGAGAACGAGCGCUUCGCCCUAACAAGAUGUACUGGAGGCAAGGCAUAUAUAUGAACUGGUCCCCAGAAGCUUACACCCUGGUGGAAUCUGCAGUUCUGGAAAACAAUCUAAACAGCUUUUUAAAAAUCACAGUCCCUUCUUGCAGAAAAGGUUGCAUCAUUUUGGGGCAAGUUGUAGAUCACAUUGAUUCUCUUAUGGAGGAGUGGUUCCCGGGUUUAUUGGAAGUAGACAUUUGUGGUGAAGGAGAAACGCUGUUGAAGAAAUGGGCUUUGUACAGCUUUGAGGACGGAGAAGAACAUCGGAAAAUAUUGCUUGAUGACUUACUUAGAAAGGCAGAGGAAGGUGACCUCUUAAUAAAUCCAGAUCAACCAAAGUCUACUGUUCCAAUAGCUCAAAUUGCUCCCGAUUUGAUUUUGGCCGAUUUACCUAGAAACAUCAUGCUGAAUAAUGAUGAACUGGAAUUCCACCAAGCUCCAGAGAACCUUCUCGGCGAUGGGGGAUUUGGAUCUGUGUAUCGUGCUGUAUAUAUUGGCGAAGAAGUAGCUGUAAAGGUUUUUAACAAACACACGUCCCUUCGGCUUCUGAGACAGGAACUGACGGUGCUUUGUCACCUCCACCACCCAAGCCUGGUAUUCCUGAUGGCUGCGUCUGUGCGUCCCCGGAUGCUGGUCAUGGAAUUGGCCCCCAAGGGGUCCUUAGAUCAGUUGCUGCAGCAAGAAAACGCCGGUCUAACCAGAACCUUACAGCACAGGAUAGCUCUGCAUGUGGCGGAUGGCUUGAGGUAUCUACAUUCUUCCAUGAUCAUCUAUCGCGACUUAAAGCCUCACAACGUCUUGCUGUUCACGCUUUAUCCCAAUUCAGCGGUCAUUGCCAAGAUUGCCGAUUACGGCAUUUCCCAAUAUUGUUGCCGAAUGGGAAUAAAAACCUCUGAAGGCACACCAGGAUUUAGAGCACCAGAAGUUGCAAGAGGAAAUGUUAUUUACAACCAGCAAGCUGAUGUUUAUUCAUUUGGCUUGCUGCUGUAUGACAUUUUGACAGCUGGUGGGAGAAUAUUAGAGGGCAUAAAAUUUCCUAAUGAAUUUGAUGAAUUAGCUAUCCACGGAAAGCUGCCAGAUCCUGUCAAAGAGUACGGCUGUGCCCCCUGGCCAAGAUUUGAAGAUUUAAUUAAGAAAUGUUUGAAAGAAAAUCCUCAAGAAAGACCUACAUCUGACCAGGUCUAUGAAAUGUUGAACUCCGCAGAGCUGGUUUGUUUCCUGAGACACAUUCCAGUGCCCUCUCCUUUUGCGUCGGAGUGCAUGGUGGCUACAAACCAAAGUAGCAAGAAGUGCGGGAUCUGGAUCGGAAGUGGUAGCAGAGGGGAAGCCCAGCUGUCCUUUGUCGACAUAAAUACCGAUGAACGCACCUGUGAAGACGUUGAAGAUGGUAGGAUAUUGUGCUUGGCCUUGGUCACAUUUUCUGCAGAGAAGGAGAACUGGGUGAUCGCAGGAACCCAGUCAGGAUCCCUGUGGGCCUUUCACACCCAAGAUGGAGAGCGCAAGCAUCGGUUUCACACGAUGACAGAUUCAAUCACCUGCCUUUACUGCAGUCCCCCGUCAAAGCAUAACAAGUACAAGAAUGUCUUUUUGGUGGGCACAGCCAACGGACAGCUGGCCAUUUUUGAGGAUCGAGCAGUCAAGGGCCAAUGUGCCACACCCUUAAAGGUGAUUCUCGUCGGAAGUGACAGCACUCCACUGAUGUGUUUAAGUGAAUCAAAUUAUUCCUCAGACAGAAGUACAAUCUGGGGCGGCUGUGGAUCCAAAAUAUUAUCAUUGUCCAGCGAUUUGGCUACCCACAAACUCAUUGAGACGAAGACGAGUCAGUUGUUAUGUCACAAGGACUACUGCAACGCCAACAUUAUUUCUAUAGCGGUAGACAAGUUUAUCUACUUGGCAAAGAAGGACAGCUAUUUCGUGGAGAUUUGGGACAGAAAGACGGAGAAGCUUUGUGAACUGAUUGACUGCGUGCAUCUACUCAAAGCGGGGGUACCAAAACUGAGUAUGGAAUCGAAACAGAAACUUGCUUACCCGGGACGGGUGAAGAGUAUCUGUCUGCAGAAAAAUACGGCGUUGUGGAUCGGGACAGGAGGUGGCCACCUCUUACUACUUGACCUGUCCACGCGCCUUCCCAUAUGGAUAAUACAGGGUUUCUGUCGUUCGGUGAGAUUCAUGAUGACAACACAACUAGGCACCCUCAAAAAUGUCGUUCUGGUCUUGGGUUAUAGCCAUGAAGAAGACAGACACAUUAAAGGGAUACUGUCUUCUGUGUCCGUCUGGGAUGUGAACCUGUCACAUGAAGUGCAAAACUUGAAAAAACAUAUUGUGAUGAGGGAAGCACUAGCAGAGAAAAUGAAGCAUUUUUCAGUGGAUUAACUUGAAGGAAUUUACUAGAUUUACACGAGACCGUUGAAGUUAAGUUUUGUUGAAGGACAGGUGGAAAUACUCGUUAAAUGCAACAAUACUGCUGGUUUCCUUUAAAAUGAAACACAAAUAUUAUUAUUAUUAUUAUUAUUAUUAAAUUAUGCAGCGAUGUUUAAUAUUCCACACUAAAAGGAGAAAAGGGUGGCAGCACAAAAAUGUAUUUCUUCUGGUUUCAGAUGCCAUUAGGUUUAAAUUCAUUCUCUUUUGAUGCUUUUCCUGUUCUAUUGAUAUCUUUACAUAGGUAUAAUUCAAUACGAUUUAACUGUUUUAAGUACAUGAAUAAAAAUACGGAAGCUAUUUAAUUACCAGGAAAUUAAAGGCAUC